AUAAAUAGAAUGAAUAAAAAGGCCCCCAAUUCAUCGGUUGCUGAAGAGUGAGGAUUGAGGAAGAAUAAGGAAGAACUCAUCCUAUUUUCUACAGUUUGUAGUUUUUUCGGCCACUACAGAACCAAAACAGAAAAGAAAAUGGCAUCGAACGCGGCGGUGCCGUUCUGGCGUACAGCCGGCAUGACAUAUAUCACCUACUCAAACAUUUGCGCCAACCUCGUAAGAAACUGCUUGAAGGAACCUUACAAGACCGAAGCCCUUAGUCGUGAGAAAGUCCAUUUCUCCAUCUCCAAGUGGACCAAUGGAAAGCCUGAAAAGCCCACAUCGGAUGUUUAAAGUAGUGAAGUUUAUUUGCAAGUUGGGCAUGAACCCUGUGGCAUUUGGGCGGUUCCUGCAAAUUGUUUUCAUGUUUUCCUAUCAUGUUGCCACUAUCUUUACUCAGGUUGGUGUAUGAAAAGAAGUCUGGUUUAUUAUUUUCUGUAGAUCUCUAAUAUUUAUUUAGCAUUAUCUUACUCCUUUAUUUGCUGUCUGUGUUUGUAUGAUUGGGUCAGUAUCUGUAUUUUUCCUUUUGCCCCUUGUGUUACUUUUCUAUGUCAGACAUUAUUUAUGAGGGUAAUUGCAAAAAACACAUAGUGGUUUGGUCAAAUUACAUUUAUCUCUUUGUAUUUAGUCACCUAUCAUCACGUGAAUCAUGGCAGAUGCAGUCAUAUGUUAGUAUAUGAUGACAAUAUUGUCAAAAAGAUAUGUGAGUACUUCUGUUGGCAAGUGACAUUAAACGAGUGCUCACCAGACCCAAGGGAAUAAUUGUUGAUAUUGCAACAUGCAAGGAAAUAAUUGUAAUUUCAGCAUACUUUGAACUGUAAUUUUUUAACUUACCCAACUAUUUUCUUAGAUUUACUUGACUUUCAACUUGUCUUCUCUGUCCUCAGUCUCUUCUUCUGCCAUGGUUUUUUUAAUCCUUUUAAGAAUAAAGUUUCGUGAUAUCAUUAUUUGUCUGUUAAUGACAUGUAUUCUGAUG